UUGCUGCUGCUUUUGGCAUCAUCUCUCCAAGCGCUGUGUGCUGUGCUGUGCCACCGUCACAGUAGUCGGUGCGAUUGCUCCUACCUGCCGCACAACGAACGCGUGCACUUAGUACGAGUGCGCAUGCGCGCAGUGACGGUUCAGUUUUUCUUCGUUCAACAACGCGUUCGUGUAGUGAAAUGUAUGCGCGACAACAGCAUUUUGAAAGUUCAGACUGGAGUUGAAAAAAAAUAAAAACAAAGUAACAGCAACGCAGUGUCAUUUCGUGUGAAUUGUGGUUUGUGAUUGAAGAAAAGAAAAACGCAGGAAAUUGGCGAAAUAUAAAAGUGUUUUAUUACUCUAAGGAAAAUUUUGAAUUUUUCUCUAAAGGAAUAAGUAAAAAUUUACACUUUGCAAACGGUUUACACUGCAGCUAAGCCAGAAACACAAAAAUUUUGUGCGCACAAGUGCUUGUUGUGCUACCUGCACGCAGGAUCUUCCAAAUCAAUCAAAUAACGUCAAAUACAUAAAAAGAAAACAAAAACAAGUGCAUUCGUGUGGAAAUAGUGCAGUUUAGAACUGGUGAAAAAAUAUAUUUUUUAUAUGUUCGCAUAGCAUUGAAAGGAUAACUUUACUUAGUGGAUAAUUCGAAAACAAAAAUUGGAAAAAAUGACGCGCAAAAAUCGACUUGCCCACAUUGCCUGCCAGCUUACCAUCCUUGCCAUUAGUAUAUCAGCACUCUUGCCACACGUCUUGGGUAUACAACAGCAACAGCAUUUCCCUGCAGAUUAUCUGGUGCCACCACCAUUACCCACAGCACAACAACUGAAACAUCAAAAUGCGCCCACACAUCAAGCUGCCGAAACAGUGGCGGCACCUAGUCACACGUCCAAUAAUGCCGUCGAACCGCCUGGUUUUAUGUCACGCAUAGCACGCUGGUUUGGACUUGGAGCGGCGGAACAAAAUCAACUUGCCAGUGGUUUCUCGUCGGAAGGUAAACAAGCAUACAAUUAUCAAGUGCCGUUGGGACCCGAUGGUAAACCGUGUAACCUCUGCAACAAAUACCCUUGGGUGCCAAUGUUCCCGCAGGGACUACAAUAUCAGGCGAAUAAUCAGCACGCACCAGUGGUGCCACAACAACAGUUACAUCAGCACUACGAAGCGCAGGCCUCACAGAAGUAUGCACAACAACAGCCAUUGCCAUUUGGCCACGCUGGCAAACAACAGUUACCUGUCAGACAACGCGCUGUGCAAUUCAAUUUCCCCACAGUCUAUCAACCACUGCCGGGCCCCUACAAAGCACCCGCGGUAGUAGCGAAAGCUCCAGUGUCACCACCAUACCUGCCUGCACCGGUGCCGAAUCUCAGCCUGAACGCUUUGCCACCCAUAUAUAAUGCGCAACCAUUUCGGCAGCCUUAUCUGACGCCUGCGGCUUCCACAACAACGACCACGACUACCGAAACGCCACAGGGUAGUACACAGCAAUUGCCUUCAACGGAACCGGCGCAUUUCGCGGAAAAUAUUGGUGCACCUUCGGAGUUGCAACCGGAUCGUGUGCGUCCAGAGCAGACGUAUACAACGCCAACACGAGAUCAUGAUCCAAGCUUUGAGAUCGUUAAGAGCCAUCAAAUUACGGAUUUCGUCUCCUCAGUUGAGUAUCCGGUGACGUUCGAGCAAUCACCUUCUAUAGAUUUGGGACAACAACAGGCGCCCGUCAACCCACAACCGGUCAAGGAGACGGUGGCGACUGUGUCAUAUCAACAUGAGACGUUCAGUCCAAAUCUACACAAACACCUGCCUGCUUCGCAAAUACUCACCGAAUUGGGCAGCUUUGCAGCGAAACCGCAGACACAGCAGACCCAGCAACCGCAACAGCCCCAGUCUACACAGUCGCAGAUCGCAACAGCAACUCAGUCGCAAACUCAAUCGCCUCAACAGUCUCAACUAUAUCAGCAGACGGAUACUUCUUAUCAGACGGCGCCACAGCAACAACAAGUGCAAUAUACGCAAAGUUCUACAACACAGUCGCAAACUGGGUACACACAAUAUCAACAGAACUACGAACCUUCCACAACAUUCUACACGACACCUUAUCAACAGCAAACGCAAUAUCAACAGCACAAUUAUGAGCCACAGAAAGCACACUAUGAACCGCAAGGUGAGGAUAACUUCCCCUCCGCUUCGUCGCACAACGCCACCGAGGUGCAACAUCAGCAACAAAAUGUGGACUACAGGCCUUGGUUACCGCUGACGCAAACCUUCCCCUACACUACCACAGAGCCGCCGCGUGAAUUCGAUUUGUCGACGCAAUUGCCGCAGGUGGGUGAGGUGGACUACAUAACGGAACGCGUUCAAGGAAAUACACAAGUGCAGUUUUUACCUUCCCUGCAGACACAACAACCACCGCGACCAGCAUCGAUAAAGCAUGAUGCACGCGAAACACCAAAACGCCUGUUGGAUUCUCCCAUACAACAUGCGCCCAGCUUUCUUAAUCAACCACGCCCCUUUACACGUGAUCCGAGUGAGUUGAAUUUGCGCAAACCGCCUGUGUCAUUUGUGAACCCACAGCCUUAUCCGAAUCACAAGCAAAAUGCCGUCGAUGUGCCUUUCUCCACAGCACCAUGGCUAGUGACACCGUUGCCACCUUUGCCCACAUUCACUGGCGCACCUGCGGCACCCACACCAACAUCCACCUACAGUGCCAUAGAUGCCAGCGGUCAAUACGCCGGCAUGUCACCACCAACACCGCCACCACCGGCGCGCCACAAUGAUGUCCAUCAAAUUAUCAUACCUUAUACGACCAAGAACAAACCACGCCCCUUCGAACCCACACGCUCGCAGCCGGCAGUUGAUCAAAUUGCGCAGCACAAUGCCGCCUUCCAGAAAUGGUCCGCGCAACAGAAUAGCGUGGAUAUCCACGAACAACAAGAGUCGAAAUUGGUGACUGCACAGUUGGCUACAGAGUCACCACUGCCAGAGCCACCGCGUCGCAACACAAAAUAUGUCACCAAAAUACUUGCCUCAAAUUUACGCGAUCUUCUGCGUCGCGAACAUGAGAUGAGACAACAGAAAACGAAUUCUUCGAACUUUGAUCUCUCCAAGUUGCAGAAGAAUAUCGACGACUGGACGGAACAAGAGUACACCUCACUGUCACAUCGUCCCAGCACGCCUACAAUACGUGGUCGCUCCAAGCACAUACCAACGGAAUAUCUCACCACAACAACGCCAGCAUCACGUCGCCCUAAGACGACGAUUAGUCUGUUUGAGCCAUCUUCCGAGUUGCCGGCAUCCGUAAAUGACUUACAAUCGCUGCUGUUCGACCGCGGUUCGAAGCGUUACGAAUUGAAUCAAAUAGACGAUGACGUGAACAACCAUUUAUUAGACACACUAGAAAGUGAAACGGCGACUGUACCAGCAACAGUGACAACGAGCCAAACCACUACACAGCAUCCACCGAAGAAUAGCAAUGGACAUGCGGCGCCAAAUUUCAUGCACUUCGGCGCUGAUACCUAUCAACCCGAACCGGCAGAACUUUGGCGCAAAGCCAAGGUUGCCAUUUCGCCGCAAACACACGAGAAGGUCUAUGUGGUGACACCGCAGCCACGUUUCUUCCCCCAACGCACGCUAACCACAACCACAACGAGCACUGAACUGCCGCCCAGUACUAGGAAGUCGCCACGCUUCAUUGUGAGACCCACACCCGGUAAUGGCACCCACUCAUCUGCGUCAGCACCCAGCCUUUACAGUCCCGAGCUCUUCGGUCUGAGCGGUCUCUCGGCAUAUGUACCAGCCAAACCAGUGGAGAUUAUCGAUGGCAACUCAAAAGUCUUCAAUAUCAUAACGGCGCCACCAAAAACUCAAGCGGAUGAGUCCAGCGAUCAGUACUCGACCAAGGAUCAGUUGUCGCUGGUGAAGAAGGGAAGGAAACUGCGAUCGACAAUGUCACCAUCUCCAAGAUAGAGUUGCUGAUGGCAAUAUGGUGGAAGACAUGCGAUUUUAAAUAUAUAGCUAUCACUUACACGACCGUUCGCCCGUUCUACUUACUUUUGUAUUAUAAAUUUCAAACGAUUUGUUUCUUGUAUACGCGAUCGUCUUUGCUACGCAUCUUUAGUCUUAAUUUUGUUUUAGUUCUAAGUUAUGCUGUAAAUUGUGACGGAAGAAGACUUAAGACGCGUGAAAAGAUUUAAGAUUAAGUUUAAUAUAAUUAUAAAGAAAUAUAUACUAUAUAUAUAUAUAUAUAAAUCAAUACUGAAUCGAAAGCGACCAAAAGGCACAUAGAACAACUGUAACGAAUGUCAUAUAUAUGUAUAUGUAUAUGUAUGUACUAGUAUUGCAUACCAUUAAACUCUUAUUGGCACCUUCAUGAGGUCAUAGUUAAUUUGUACUUUAAAUAGCUUUAAAAAUAAAUGUAAAUGUAUUUUUUAGACAAAUUAUAUCUA